AUGGCUGGAAAACAAGAAAUUGUUCGGUCAACUCAAGAAGCGUGGCUUCUAGAAAACGGUCACAUAAAGCCUCUGAGCAAAGAGAUGCGGCGGCCGAGCGGCCGCACCGCCCACAACAUGUCGUCGUCGUCUCUCCGAAAGAAAUCGGAUCUUGCCCUGGUUUCGAAAAUCCGGGUCGGGUUCUUGAGGAUGUUUUUCGCAAACCUUCAGGAGGUCUUGCUCGGGACCAAGCUCGCGUUUUUGUUCCUUGCUAUACCCGCCGCCAUUGUUGCCCAAUAUUGCAAUUUUGGUAGACCAUGGGUGUUCGGUUUGAGCUUAGUUGGGCUAACUCCGCUUGCUGAACGCAUCAGUUUCUUGACAGAGCAAAUUGCGUUCUACACAGGGCCAACAGUUGGUGGCCUUCUAAAUGCAACAUGUGGAAAUGCAACUGAGCUUAUAAUAGCCAUACUUGCACUUGUUGAGCACAAAGUUGAUGUUGUGAAAUACUCUCUUUUGGGCUCUAUACUCUCAAACCUCCUCUUAGUCCUCGGCACCUCCCUUUUAUGCGGCGGCAUUGCUAACAUCUCGCACGAACAAAAAUUCGACAGAAAACAAGCGGACGUCAACUCUUUGCUUUUGAUGGUCGGUCUAUUGUGCCACGUGUUGCCGCUGAUGUUUAGAUUUGCCGGGAAAUCGACAGAUCUGACAACUGUUGGGACUCUCCAACUGUCGAGGGCCAGCUGUAUUGUGAUGCUCGUUGCUUACGUGGCGUACUUGGUUUUCCAGCUGUGGACACAUCGGCAGUUGUUCGAGGCUCAAGAGGGUGACGAGGAUAGUGACGUGGUACCGGACGACGAUGAGUUGCCGGUGAUCGGAUUUUGGGGUGCGUUUAUAUGGCUGGUUUUGAUGACAGGUGUUGUUGCUUUGCUGUCGGAAUAUGUGGUUGCUACAAUUGAAGCUGCAUCAGAUAGUUGGGGCUUAUCUGUGAGCUUCAUCAGUGUGAUUUUACUGCCAAUUGUUGGGAAUGCAGCUGAACAUGCUGGAGCUAUCAUUUUUGCAUUCAAGAAUAAAUUGGAUAUAUCUUUGGGUGUUGCUCUAGGCUCAGCUACACAGAUUGCCAUGUUUGUGGUGCCAUUAAGUGUAAUAGUAUCGUGGAUCAUUGGCAUCGACAUGGGUCUCGAUUUUAAUCUCCUCGAAACGAGCUCUCUUGCCUUGUCGAUAAUUAUAACUGCGUUUACACUACAGGAUGGGGAAUCUCAUUACUUGAAGGGCCUGAUACUUCUUCUAAGCUAUGUUAUCAUUGGGGCUUGCUUUUUCGUGUUUAGGACACCACUUAGUAAGUUUUAUAAAUAA